AUGGAUAAGUCAAAGGAGAGUAUUGAACGUCUUUGCCAUCAAUUUUUACCAGAUAUCGUUGAUCUACUUCGUUUUCUACGAACUUAUAAUAUGAAAGAAACUGAAACAUGUUUUCGUCGUGAAUGUCAUUCACAUGUUAAUACUCUUAAUAAAACUUCUGUAACAAAUGAAGAUCAAUCUAUUCCUAAUUCAAUUAAUGUUAAUGAUUAUUUUGUUGUAUAUUCCUAUUUAUCAAAUUUUAUUUUCAAUUCUCCUUAUCAAAUCGAACUUAUGCAAUUUCUUUUUCCACUUUUUGUACAUCUCUAUUUGGAUUUACUUGAACAUAAUUAUAUAAAUGAAUGUCAACAAUUUUAUAAACAAUUUGUACAUUCAACAUUUUAUUCAUUACAUUCUGAAUUUUUUAAUCAAUUAAAACUUAUUUCAAAAUCAUCUAAACAUCUUCAUCAAUGUACAUUGACGAAUGCAUUUCGUACAAGUCGAUUUUUCUUACGUUUAUCAAUGACUAGUUGUAAAGAAUUACAAAAUUUUAUUGAUUAUACAAAAAAUUUAACAAAAAUAAAUUCACAAUUUUAUUUAACAGCAUCACAAAUUUCAUUACUCUUAUCAAUAUUUCAACAAUAUAUUAAAGUUGAUAUUAAUCAACAAGUAUUUACAUCAUCGAAUAUUGUACGUUAUCAAACUAGUGAACAACCAAUGACACCAAUAUUUGUUCAUACAAAUCUUGCUAAUAAAAUACAAUUCACGCGUUUAUAUACUGGACUUUUUCCAUUACAAUCAUUACCAAAUGAUUCUAAUAGAUCAUCAGCUCAAUAUUCUCAAUUAAAUCGAGGAGACUUAUCAUCAUCAUAUCCACAAAUAAAUUAUAAUCGUCUUCCUAAUACGAAUGAUUUAAAUAAUAUACCUCGUCUUGGUCCACAUCAAUUACCAUCAAUAUGUUUAUUUACAUUAAAAAAUUCUAAACAAAUAAUCAACUGUAUUAAUCUAUCAAAUGAUUGUCGUUUGUUAGCUGUUGGUUUUCAAUCAUCAGAAAUUUUAAUUUGUUCAUUAAAUCCAAAUAAUAAACUAUAUUCAAUGAAAUCAACAAAAGAACUUCGCCAUUUACUUAAUAAAUCAACACGAAAUUAUAAUCUAGAUACAUCAUCAUUUAUAGAAACAUCAAAUGAACGAGUACUUAUUGGACAUACAUCAGCAAUAUUUACAUUAGCAUUCGAACCAACAAAACAAACUUAUCUAUUAUCUGGUUCACAAGAUUGUACUAUACGUUUAUGGCAUUUAACUAUAUGGUCUUGUCUUAUUGUUUAUAAAAUGCAUUUUCAACCUAUACUCGAUAGUAAAUUCAAUUUUGAAUUCAGUCUUCUUUUUUUUACUUCUCUUCGUUUGAUUUCAGUUGCAUUCGCUCCUGUUGGUCAUAUCUUUGCUUCAUGUAGUAUCGAUGGUCUAAUCUGUCUAUGGACAAUUGAUAAAAUCAAUCCAUUUCGAAUCUAUCCUGAAUAUGAAUAUAGUGGUCCAAUAAAUCUAGUUGUAUUUCAUCCUAAUUCAAAUUAUCUUGCUUCAGCACAUAAUGAUCAUACAAUACAUUUAUGGAAUAUUCAAAAUGAAAAUGCUUUAGUAAGAAUUUUUAAUGGUCAUCGUCAUCAAAUAAGUUCACUUUGUUUUUCGCCUAAUGGACAUUUUCUGGUAUCAGGUUGUUGGAAUGGUGAAAUUAUUCUAUGGGAUAUACAAAAUAAUCUCCAAAUAGCACAUUUGUUUCUACAUAAACAAGCUAUUUCUUCUAUUGAAUUUAGUCCAUUAACAGGAACAUUAUUAUUAAUAUCAAGUAUUGAUUCAACAAUUUCUCUAUGGAAUUGUUUUAUGAUAACAAAAAUUUAUGAUGAAAAAUUAACUGAUUCAAUGAAUAAGAAUUUAUCAUCACAUAAAAUACUUUUAAAUGUAUUCAAAACAAAAAAUAUACCAAUAUUUCAUAUAAAAUUUUCAAAAGAAAAUAUUCUUUAUGCUAUUGGUUUAACUAAUGAAUGA